AGGAUACUGAUGAUAACAGAAUCUACGAAAUCGAUCAAAGAGAUAGAGACAGUGAAAGUCCUCUAAUCGAGGAUGGAACGGAAAACGAUGAUGACUCAAAACAUUCCUUUCCCGAAACCGUCAAUAUCUUCAAACCUCCGCCAGAAAGAAGAAUCCGUAAAAGAAGGGAAAUGAUGAGAACGGACGUGAGCAACUGUUCGUGUGAACCAGACAGAGAUGAGUGUUCGUUAUUCACACAGCUACUGGCCACGAAACUGAGAUCUUUCGACGACCAUACCAGGGAUAUACUCAUGCAUGAAAUAGAUAAUUUAGUUUUCCGCACCAAAAUGAGGAAACGUCAGAAGCUUCAUAUUUCUGCCUCUAACUCCAAUACCGAGUCCGUCCAUGACGAUUAUUAUGGUCCGGCAUCUCUUGUAGAUAACACACUGAAUUAUUGUGAACCAAUUUGUGAGGACUCGCCGGAAAGUGGUGUGUGUUCCACAUCAAAUCCUAGUGAAUCGUAUUCAAACGUGGUGGUAAAAACUGAAAUGUGAUAUUUCUAAUUAUAUUUGUAUUUUGAAAUUCGUAAAUAUAUUAUUUUCACAAAA